AGUCCCGGGCUCUUCUUCCAUUUGCGGGGCCCCCUCUUAGUGAGUCCCCUGCCCUUCUGCAGCUGGGGACAGGGGCUUGAACAAGGGGUCGGGUGGAGCGUCCCCGAGAAGAAGGAAGCUAGCGAGGCCUGGAGGAGGGGCAGGAGCGACGGACCUGGGGGACGAGACCCCUCGCGAGCCUUUCUGGUCAUCUUCCCUGCCGCCCCGCCCCUGCGCGCACUCCCUCCCGGGCGAGCUACUUUCGGACGAGAAAAGUGAGCGCGGCCCUCGGUGACAGCACUGCGGGGCCAGUCCCGGGAAGCUGCACGUCCGCCCGGUCUCCUCCAGCACACUGCCAGCCAGGGGCGCCGCCAGGACCAGGAUGGCUUCCACCACCACCUGCACCAGGUUCACGGACGAGUACCAGCUUUUCGAGGAGCUCGGAAAGGGAGCAUUCUCUGUGGUGAGAAGAUGUAUGAAAAUCCCUUCUGGACAAGAAUACGCUGCCAAAAUUAUCAACACCAAAAAGCUUUCUGCUAGGGAUCACCAGAAACUAGAAAGGGAAGCUAGAAUUUGCCGACUUCUGAAGCACCCCAAUAUUGUGCGGCUUCAUGACAGCAUCUCAGAAGAGGGCUUCCAUUACUUGGUGUUUGACUUAGUCACUGGAGGUGAGCUGUUUGAAGACAUAGUGGCAAGAGAAUAUUACAGUGAAGCCGAUGCCAGUCAUUGUAUACAGCAGAUUCUAGAAAGUGUCAGUCAUUGUCACCUAAAUGGCAUAGUUCACAGGGACCUGAAGCCUGAGAAUUUGCUUUUAGCCAGCAAAUCCAAAGGAGCAGCUGUGAAACUGGCAGACUUUGGCUUAGCCAUCGAAGUUCAAGGAGACCAGCAGGCAUGGUUUGGUUUUGCUGGCACACCUGGAUAUCUUUCUCCAGAAGUUCUACGCAAAGAUCCUUAUGGAAAGCCAGUGGAUAUGUGGGCAUGUGGUGUCAUUCUGUACAUCCUGCUGGUGGGAUAUCCCCCCUUUUGGGAUGAAGAUCAACACAGACUCUAUCAACAGAUCAAGGCUGGAGCUUAUGAUUUUCCAUCCCCGGAGUGGGACACGGUGACUCCUGAAGCCAAAGACCUCAUCAAUAAAAUGCUGACGAUCAACCCGGCCAAACGAAUCACAGCCUCAGAGGCGCUGAAGCACCCCUGGAUCUGUCAACGUUCUACUGUUGCUUCCAUGAUGCACAGACAGGAGACUGUAGACUGCUUGAAGAAAUUCAAUGCUAGAAGAAAACUCAAGGGUGCCAUCUUGACAACUAUGCUGGCUACAAGGAAUUUUUCAGCAGCCAAGAGUCUGUUGAAGAAACCGGAUGGAGUAAAGAAAAGGAAGUCCAGCUCGAGCGUUCAGAUGAUGAUAAACAACAAAGCCAACGUGGUAACCAGCCCCAAAGAAAAUAUCCCCACCCCGGCGCUGGAGCCCCAAACUACUGUAAUCCACAACCCUGAUGGAAACAAGGAAUCCACCGAGAGUUCAAACACCACAAUUGAGGAUGAAGAUGUGAAAGCACGAAAGCAAGAGAUUAUCAAAGUCACUGAGCAACUGAUUGAAGCAAUCAACAAUGGAGACUUUGAAGCUUACACGAAAAUCUGUGACCCAGGUCUUACUGCUUUUGAACCAGAAGCACUGGGUAAUUUAGUGGAAGGGAUGGACUUCCACCGGUUCUACUUUGAAAAUGCUUUGUCCAAAGGCAAUAAACCAAUCCACACGAUUAUCCUGAACCCCCAUGUGCAUCUGAUGGGCGAAGACGCUGCCUGCAUAGCUUACAUUAGGCUCACACAGUACAUGGAUGGCAGCGGAAUGCCAAAGACAAUGCAGUCAGAAGAGACCCGUGUCUGGCACCGCCGGGAUGGAAAGUGGCAGAAUGUUCAUUUUCACCGCUCCGGGUCACCAACAGUACCCAUCAAGACAUCCAGUAUUCCAAAUGGGAAAGAAAACUUCUCAGGAAACACCUCUUUGUGGCAAAACAUCUAAGACCUGAAAACCAUUCUCAUGUGGGUCUACUAAAAAUCAACAGUGCCACUUCCACAUUCUCUGUUGUCAAGGCACCCGGAUGGCUACCCUGGGCCGGCCUCUCCUCCUCUUCAUGCAUGUUUCUGAGUGCAUGAAGCUGUGACGGUCCCACAUGUAAUGCCCAUGUGAUGCAUCAUCUUGUCAUAUAUCUCUUCCUAUUCAUCGUUUGCACUCCAAUGAUGGAUAUGUUCCUGUAAAUCUCAAUUACUGUUGGCAAAUCACCAGGGGAAGGUCAGAAACAACAAAAUAAAACAAAACAAAAAAACCCACAAUAUUCCAAGUAAAAUCUAUUCACUGAGUUUCUCUGUUUAUGCCAAGUUUUAACAGACUGAAAUGUUAUUGCUCUCUACAUGACAGUUUGUCAGAGAAAUGUAAAGUUUUUAGAACUCUUUGCUGUUCAUUGGUUUUGGCUCAUUUUUGUGAAAAAGAAAAGAAAGAAAAGGGAAGAAAACCCCAAAGCAUACCUUGAGUUUCUUGGUGUGAUCUUGGCUGAAAAUGGACGGUUUCUUCUUUUUUGGGAACACCAGUCCUGUGGCCGGUUAACCAUUACAGUGGGUUGGGAGAGCCAGAACGCCAUUGAUGAAUGUGGAAGCACACAGCAGUAGGUUUGGUAACAUCUAAAGCCAUUUUGUUUGGGAUCAAACUACGUAAAUUGGGCAAUUUCGCUUCAUUUGCGAGUUUGAUCAUUUUAGUAGACACAUUGUUCUGGUGAGCUUGCUGAAUUGAACUUCGUUUCCUUUCUCAAAUCCCUGCUCUGUUUUCUUCAUUUUACCCUGUUUCUUUGUUCCUUUUGUUUACUUUUUUUCUUCUUUUUCUCUGUUAGUAGUGUUUCAGAAAAAAGGAACAUUUAUACAGCAAAGGCAAAAUAAAAAUUGAGGUCUUGUGGGGGGUGGCUAAACUAGAACUGUUGAUCAUUUUCAGGACCCACAAAAAUAUUGUCAGCAUUUGGAGAGCGUUGAAUCCUGUUAAAGCUCUUGUUUGGCGCCCAGUAUCUUCCAUUGGAAGUAUUCGAAUUAUUCAAAACUCAUGAUAGAAGCCAGUAAGUUCCUCCUGCUGUUGCCAUAUAUCUUACUGCUUGGAACAGUCGCCAGGAGAAUUCCACAUGGAUAGCAAGUUUCUGUGCAAACCACUAAUUUCCGCCUGCUCGCCCUCACCGGCUAGUUAUUGAAAGUUAGAGACGACGGGGUAUGUUUCCCACUUUCAUGAGUGGUUUGUACUUGUUCUUUGCAACGUGCACAUUUUGAGCUCUCCUCGUGUCAGAGACCACGAUCACCCUGGAAGGAGCUAGGAUUUUCCAGUGGAGAAGCAGAAAGAAAGAAAAGAGAAAUGGCCCAGGUUUUCUUGGUACUUCUCAUCUCACCUUUGCUUAGGGGACCCAUGUAAUGAGUCUCUCUCUUCCCCGAAAAGCUUUGCAGCACACCACAUCUGUCAGCAGCAUUAUGUUAGCACGAGUAAUUCUCCAUCCUUGGAAGCCGGUUUUCAAAGCAGAAGCCAAGCAAAAAAUGAAACAAUCUCUCCCUCCUUUCUCUCAUUUCACCUUUCUGUGUUAAUGAUUAAUCACCUUAGAUAUUGUUGCUAGUGACGUAUGGUCGAUGGAUCGAAGCUUUUCUGAUCACUAUUACACGAUUUAAAAUAAUCUAUAUUUAAAGUAAAUAUAUACAGCAAAUGUAUUGAGCCAUGUUAACCUGCCAAUGAGACCUGUGAAAGAAUGGCGGCCUCAUGCUUGUCCCUCUUGGGUUACUCUUAUCUUUUUGUGAAGCAGCUGUCUGUGGCAGACAUGUAUCUAAACAAAAUAGGCGUAGAGUGGUUUUUGGUUUGUUUGUUGUUUUGUUUUUAUUUUUUACACUAUUAACUUAGCAUGUGGUGUUGAAGUACUUUUUUUAGAUCAAGUUUGUCUUUUACACUAAGAGGUGAAGAAAUUGUGAUUUUUUUUCUCUCCACCACAAUUGAAUUACACAUUUAUUCUCCUCUUCUAUCAUUUUGAAACACUGCAGUUUACCAUGGGACACUGUAUAUAUUUCUUGCCAUAAUGGUAAAUGACUGACUGAUAUAUUUAAGAGUUAAUAAAUUUGUGAUUUCUGUUGA